AUGGCUUCCGUUAGCAUUCAUUCUACCGACAACAAGGUUGACAACAUUGUCACUACUGAGAACAUCGAUGCUGCUAUCGACUAUACCCGUAAUGUUAACGCUAAGAUUGUUAAUCCACUGGCCGGAAUUCCCAAAGACAAUCUCCGGGACAAGGUCGAUGCAUUCUGCGAAUCGUGGGGAUUUCAAGAGAAAAGGGAGGUAUUCUGGAAGGGUGCACUAGCUGCUCAAAAGCCGACCGACUACGAGAACAUUCCCGAGCUACUUGAGGAGGACAAGUACCACAUCCGCCGAGAAACAACCCACCGAUGGCAUCUCCCAAAAGAUUUGUACUAUGCCAUUGCUUUGUGCUCACUUGGCUCGGCGAUUCAAGGAUGGGACAAUACGGGUGCGAAUGGCGCAAAUCUUUCUUUUCCACAGGAAUUCGGUAUCGAGCACGAUACCUGGCUCGUUGGUGUAAUUAACUCUGGACCUACUCUCUUUGGACUCGCAAGUGCGUGGGCAGCCGACCCGAUCAACAACGCACUAGGACGACGGGGUACCAUCUUCCUGACUGGCCUCUUCUGUAUCUUCCCUGUGCUAGCUCAAGCGUUUACGCAAAACUGGUGGGGCUUGUUGUUAUGUCGGCUCUUCAUGGGCUUGGGCAUGGGGGUGAAAAUCUCCACGAUCCCAAUCUAUUCCGCAGAAAUAUCCCCUGCAUCUAUCCGUGGUGGAAUGGUCACAAGCUUCCAACUAUGGGUAGCGUUCGGAAUCUUCAUCGGGCAGUGUUCGAACCUCAUCUUCUUCCGUAUUGGGGAACUUGCUUGGCGCUUCCAGUUAGCUGCAGCCUUCGUACCGGCUAUACCCAUUGUCGUAUUUGUCUGGUUCUGCCCUGAGUCUCCAAGAUGGCUUUUGAAAAGAGGAAGAUAUCAAGAAGCAUUUAAGGCUCUCUGCCGUGUUCGAAACACUGAGGUCAUUGCAGCGCGAGAACUCUACUACGCUCAUUGCCAAAUCUCCGAGGAACACAACGCAUUUGCUGGUAUUUCGCUCAGUAGUCGUAUCAAGGAUCUUCUUACAGUACCUCGACUCCGCCGCGCCACUGUCGCCAGUGCAGUUGUUGUCAUCUCACAACAGUUCUCUGGAAUUAACAUCAUGGCUUUCUAUUCCUCAACCAUCUUUGCCGAGGCGGGAUACAGUCCAAAGGAAUGUCUCUUGGUAUCUAUGGGCUUUGGUCUGAUCAUGUUUGUAUUCGCAAUCCCGGCCGUGUACACUAUGGAUACGUUCGGUCGGCGCAACCUCCUCCUCGUGACCUUCCCGAACAUGGCAUGGUGCUUGCUCGCAGCUGGAUUCUGUUUCCUAAUCGAUACGGGAGUUAGCGCGAGGGUACCGCUCAUUGCUUUCUUUAUCUUCCUCUUCACGGCCCUAUACGGUCCUGGCAUGGGUCCUCUUCCGUCGAUCUACUUUAGCGAGUCUUUUCCACUUUCACAUCGAGAAAUCGGUGGCGCAUUUACGAUAUGUGUGAAUAAUGCAGUUGGAUCUGCGUUGACGCUGAGUUUUCCGUCCCUGCUCGCCAAGAUCACUCCUACCGGUGCAUUUGCAUUCUACGCUGGCCUGAAUGUUCUAGCCUUCAUAAUGAUCUUCUUUCUCGUCCCUGAAACUAUGCAACGCACUCUCGAAGAACUCGAUUUCAUCUUUGGAGUCCCAACUGGUCGGCAUAUCGCUUACCAACUACGCACUUGGCUGCCUUGGUGGAUCAAGAAAUAUAUAUUCUUCCAGCGAAAGGCACAGCUUAAGCCGUUAUAUCAACUUGAAGGAUUUAUGAGUUCGAGAACUGGAAGCGUGUAG